ACCGUCAGUUGCGCGGUGGUCGCCGUACCGAGUGUCACGGUUCUAGGUACAAUAAAUUCGUGGCUAGUCUGUCCUAUCCCCUUGCUCUUUUCAUUCGUACAGAACUCGCGCGGACUUGUCCCGUUUCGGCCGGUAACAGUGGAAAUUCAGUGAGAGCGAGAUAUCGACCGUAAUCUCGAACGAAGUGUCGAUUAUAUCGGAAAUGCGAAUCGAUGAUACACGGUAAUGGGACAUUCGUCGGUAAAGUUACGGAGCUGCUGGUGUGUUUGACGAAACGCGAGGCACAGUGUCGCGUGUGAGAACUUGUCGAGCAGAAGCACGAGCAUCUCGUCACGUUUUGGAAACGACGUUUGAUUCGUGCCCCGGUGAGUCAGAUCGUGAACAAUUAGCAUUUCGAUAGGCAGGGGUUGGAAACGAACGUUCGCACGGGAUGCGCGGACUGAAACCACCGAGCAUCCCGACGCGUGCGUAAUUAUCCGGAGAUUUGUCUCGUCGUUGGUACAUCGUCGAGGACUUUCCCAGUCAAGCGAGUCGAGUGUCUCGCAAGUCGAAACGUGUAGUAGCGCUCGCGGGGCAGGUUGACGAAGGGUACUCGCGCGCGCGCUGGAUCGAACGAUUUGCGAGUGAAGUGUGAUUCUUUUAAAGUGUAAGCACCGCUACUUGGGUGCACUUACAGUGAAAUGCGAUAACACCGGCACCGGCACCGGCACGGGUGCUCUCUCGCAAUCGUUCACAGAGCGAAGUGCCAUUCGGAUGACAGGUCGACUGGCAGUGAACUUCACCCCCUUGAAUUCCCAUUAACGAAACUCGGGGAAACUCGUUGGGAUAGUUGAAACGAUCUGACGACAUUCGAGGUGAGGCCGAGGUGAGUUGGACCGGUAUCGAUUGCCGGAAGGGGGCACACACAUGCCAGUCACUCGGAGUAAAUAUUGGAGGGCGUACACGAGCGACGACAACGUGCGUUAAUAACGGGGCAUCUGGAAAUUGAACGGGGAGCGGCGUGUGAUGACCGGAAGUGGACGGAGAAGCGGAAACAAGGGAAGGCAACGAGUUCGCUAAAGAUGCGUGGGCUCGUCGGUCGGAAAGGGUUCGGGAGAUCGGUGUCGCUGUCAUUCCUCUGCUGUUACUAUCUUCUCGUUCCGGUGUACCACGUGCUCGCGGUGACCAGCGAGCUACCGCCGAGACUCGAUUUACCGGAGCAUUGUUCGUGGGACUCGCGGCAGGAUGGCGCGCUCACUUGCAUCCACCGUUACGCCGGCAACGAUUCCCUCAGGACGAACUUUUCACAAGCGACCAGCGAGUACGUGACCUCGAUCAACGUCGUUUGCGAUGACUCGGAAUCGAUGGAAAAUGGCAUAUUGAACGUGGACGGAUUCGUUCAGUUAUGGAGAUUGCGGUCGUUAAGGUUGACCGGAUGCAAGCUGGUCCAUUGGCCGGCGAAAGUUCUGAGCGGUCUACGGGAUCUACGUAAUCUGACGAUCAGGAGCUUGAACGGACGAAAGAGCAAGUACAGCUUGGAGCUGGAGAGCGGGGCGUUCGACUCGGUGCCGCAGAUCGAGAAGAUUGAUUUAUCGUGGAACAAUAUCUGGCAGAUACCGGAACACUUGUUCUGUCCGUUGUCCAACCUCCUAUCGUUGAACGUCUCGUGGAACAUGCUGAAGGAUAUCGCCGAGCUGGGAUUCAGGGACAUCGCGGAGAAACAUCCAAGACGUCAGCAGGAAUCGACCCCGUCGCCGUUCCCCUGUUCCCUGGACGUGCAAUCGUUGGACGUGUCGAGUAAUCAAAUCUCUGUCCUGCCCGCUUACGGAUUUUCGUCAUUGAAGAGGCUUCGCGUCUUGAACUUGUCGAGCAACGCGAUCUCCAGGGUAGCAGACGAGGCGCUUCACGGGCUCAGAUCUCUCGAGACGUUCGACCUGUCUGGCAACAGAAUCGUCGCGUUGCCGACGGAAAUGUUUCGAGACGCGGCCAAGUCGCUGAAGGAACUGCGACUCCAGAACAAUUCCAUCGGCGUGCUGUCACCGGGUCUGGUCGCGGACAUGAAUCAGCUGGUCGCCUUGGAUCUAUCGAGGAACGCGUUGACCAGUUCCUGGUUGAACGCCGCCACGUUUUCCGGUUUGAUUCGUCUGGUUCUCUUGAAUCUGUCCCAUAACCGAAUCAGUCGACUGGAUCCAGCCCUGUUCAAAGAUCUUUACACUCUUCAGAUAUUAAAUUUGCAAUAUAACGAAAUCGAGACGAUACCAGCGGACACGUUCGCGCCCAUGAGUAAUUUGCACACGCUAGAUCUAGCGUACAAUCGAUUAACUUACCUGGACGCUUAUUCCCUGAACGGGCUGUUCGCACUUUCUCUGCUGUCGCUCGAUUCUAAUCAGCUCGAAGGUAUUCAUCCGGAUGCCUUUCGAAAUUGUUCCAGUAUGCAGGACCUGAAUCUGUCCGGGAACAGCUUGGACAGCAUACCGGUCGCAUUGAAGGACAUGAGAAUGCUGCGUACGCUGGACCUUGGCGAAAAUCAGAUCAGAAGCCUGAACAGACCCGGUUUCCGUGGAAUGUCCAGUCUCUAUGGGUUACGAAUGAUCGGGAACGAGAUCACGAACGUCACCACGGAGGAUUUCGCCGAGCUUCCCGCACUUCAGAUAUUGAACUUGGCGCGGAACAGGAUCGAGAUGGUGGAGGACGGUGUGUUUUCCGCGAAUCCAGCGUUACAGGCGAUUCGUUUGGACUCGAAUUUGUUGCAGGACAUGUCCGGUAUGUUCGCGAGCGCGCCUGGCCUCCUCUGGCUGAAUAUGUCCGACAACAUGAUCGUGCAGUUCGAUUAUGGUUACCUGCCGGAGAAAUUACAGUGGAUGGAUCUGCAUAAAAAUCUUAUUAUGGAUCUCGGCUUCGCGCCACAGGGCAUGAGAUUACAGACGCUCGACGUGUCGUUCAACCGGCUAACGAGGAUACAUUCGAGGUCGAUACCAGAUUCCAUCGAGCUUCUGUUCGUUAACGACAAUUUGAUACAGACGGUCGAGCCUCAGACGUUUUUCGACAAGAUCAAUCUGACCAGGGUCGAUCUCUACGCGAACCAGAUCGUCAAGAUGAAUCUGUCGGCGUUUCAAUUGACGCAGGUGCCGGCCUAUCGGCAAUUACCAGAGUUCUACAUCGGCGGUAAUCCCUUCAUAUGCGACUGCACGACCGAAUGGUUGCAAAGAAUCAACUCGUUGUCGCUGAGGCAACAUCCGAGGGUAAUGGAUUUGGAGUCGGUGUAUUGCAGACUUCCGUACGACCGUCACAAGUCGUUCAUACCGUUGCUCGAGGCAAAGCCGUCUCAAUUCCUCUGCACGUACAAGGCGCACUGCUUCGCGCUGUGUCAUUGCUGCGAUUUCGACGCCUGCGACUGCGAGAUGACCUGCCCGAUCAACUGCACUUGCUACCACGAUCAAUCCUGGUCGGCGAACGUGGUGGAUUGUUCCAACUCCGGUUACAAAAUCCUGCCCGGCCGAUUACCGAUGGACGCCACCGAGGUUUACCUCGAUGGAAACAAUUUCGGGGAAUUGAAUUCCCAUUCGUUCAUCGGCCGGAAGAACCUGCAGAUCCUGUACGCGAACGAUAGCAACAUCAUCGCUAUACGCAAUCACACUUUCAGCGGUUUGAAGCGUUUGCUGGUCCUUCAUCUGGAGAACAACAAGAUAAGCGUGCUCAACGGCGUGGAACUGAUGCCUUUGGAGAACCUGAAGGAACUCUACCUACAGAACAAUCUAUUGACGUAUAUAGAUAACGGAACGUUCCUUCCGCUACGUCAGCUGGAAGUGUUACGAUUGGAAAACAAUCGACUCGGCACUUUCGCCGUUUGGCAGCUCGGCCAGAAUCCAUAUCUGGUCGACAUCGGCUUGUCUAGCAAUCCAUGGAGUUGCGAGUGCUCGUUCCUGGACCGGAUGCGCGAAUGGAUGUCCCGUAACAGAGCGAAGAUAAGCGACUGGAAGAGCGUCACCUGUUCCCUCGGUAUGCCUAUUACUCUUCCGGCGAACGGAUCGGUCAUAAAUUGCGCGGCAUUAACCGGAACGACCUCGGUCAUCGAGACUCGACCGCUCGAGGCUUAUCUGCCGCUACUACUUGCCACCGCGGUGCUGAUUUUUGCCAUGGUGGCACUGGUGUGCGGCGCGUUCAGGCAUCGUCGCACGCUGAGGACGUGGGCCGCCAGCAGGUGCGGCCUGAGAGCGUGUUACAAGACAGCGGCAUUCGAGGAUCAAGAGAAACCUUUCGACGCGUACAUCUCCUACUCCGCGGUGGACGAGGCGUUCGUUUCAACGAUCCUGGUACCUGGCCUGGAAACGUCGUACCGGCUGUGCUUGCACUACCGCGAUCUAAGCGCCGGUAGCAACGUGGCCGACGCAGUAGCGGAAGCGGCCGACUCUUCGAGGCGGACCAUUCUAGUAUUGUCGAAGAACUUUCUGCACGGCGAGUGGGCCAGGUUCGAGUUUAAAGCGGCACUGAGGGACGCUCUGAAAGGGAAGGGCCGCUCGGUGAUCCUGCUGCUGGUAGGCGGUGUGUGUCCACGAGAUCUCGACGCCGAUCUCAAAAAGAGGAUCUCGUCGCACACCGUGCUGGUGUGGGGGGACAAGUUGUUUUGGCAGAAGCUAAGGUUCGCCAUGCCAGACGUGUCCCCCGUUCCUGUUUUGGAGAGACCCCUGCCAUUGCCGCCGCCGCCACCGCCCCCGGUGCAGCAUCAAUGGACGUAGAACUGCCAUUAUUUAGCUACGGCCAGGAGGUGGUUACAGGGAAAAGAGAAAGAAAGAGAAAAUGAAAGAGAGAAAGAGGGAGGGGAAAAGUGAGGGAGGGCGCAUAAAGCGCGCGGAUAAAAAUUGCCGGCGCGAGAUCGCCGGUGAAAAAUGCUUUUUUCGCCGUCGAUCGGUACCCCUCGCCAUCGAAAUACGUGUCCCGCCUUCUAAUUGCGCGUAGUCGCCGUCCCCGGGGAACAAAAGUUUACCAGGAUCCGAACGGGCCCCGUCGAACGGAAAAGGAAAGGAGAACGCUCGGCGGUUGUCUUGUCGAGGCGUCCGCCCAUCGGAACAGGUAGAAAUCUAUGAUCGCGUGUACCUGUUCGUCGCCCUUUACAUUUGUACCUGACAACGGCUGGACCGAAUCUGGAAGACAAAUGGGAUUACCAGUAUUCUGGCCUUGCCUCUUUCCCCUGGCCCAGAAGGGACGUUAGAAAUUAAAAGAGGAUUUGUACCGGUGGUUGCUUUCGGUGGUUUUUCUCUUUUUCUAUCUACGCGCCCUUUCUUCUGCGAAGAUGGGUGGUCGUUCCAGUACCGAUUUUCGAAACGACGCGACAAUGACGAUAAUGUAUCGCGCUUCGUCACGUCGCGCGGCUCUGCCUUUUUGUAAAUUGUAAAUAAUCGAAGGAUCUACCUCUACCGCAGAGGAUAAUCUGUAUCUAAUCUAACAAUAAGAAGAUGUCGGACAGACAGCGAAACGAAUUGAGUUGAAGACUGUAAAAAUGGAAUAAACGAAGAAUUUGAUGAA